AUGUCGAGGACACAACGGUAUGUUGAUAGCUUACCCAAGAGACAAUCAGCUGUUCAGCAACAUGAGUCAUACCUUGUGCCACAUCAGCAGACAAUUCAUGGACCUACUCAGCAUUCCUGGGAAACAAAUCCUGCGCCAUCUAUGCAUGUUCAGCCUGCACGACUCGUUUUCACUGAACCCCGACAGCCUUUAAAUGCGACACAAAUUUCAGGCUCUUUACCGGAUCUACCUGAAUUCUCCUCAUCGCCUUUGAACCCACACGCUACACCAUUUAAGAGCGAAACUUUAGUGCCUGUAGUGAACAGUGACAAUCAGUGCUUACCCCCUGGUGAAGCCAUAAACAACAUUCCUAUGACUGCAAAUCACAUGUACUGUAAUAAAGAACCAAUUGCAGAUUUAGCAAAGUUUCUUUUGAAAAAGGACCUUAGUUUGUCGCGGCUCACAAAGUUUGAUGACAAUCCGAGCUUCUAUCUUAAGUGGAAGCAUUCAUUUAAGGCCGUUAUGGAGGAACUCAGCACUAUGCCUUCGGAAGAAUUGGACCUGCUGGUACGCUAUCUUGGAUCAGACUCCUCUAAGCAAGCAGCCACAAUUCGGAAAUGCAAUGCUGAAAAUCUGACAAGAGCACUCACUUUAGUGUGGGAGAGGCUGGAGGAACAUUAUGGUGCCCCAGAACUGAUUGAGAACUAUCUUAAGAACCAGAUCAGCUCAUUUCCAAGGAUUUCAAUUACUGACCCGAAGAGACUGUACAGUCUCGCAGACUUAGCUGAUGAAAUAGCCUCAGUAAAACGUCAGACUCUUUAUGCAAAUCUGUUUGCAUACUUCGACUCUCCAACAGGGGUCAACUUACUUGUUUCAAAGUUACCCCCCAGCUUCCAAGAAAAAUGGACAGUUGAAGCUACAAAGUUCAAGAACCGUGAAACUGUUGUGUUUCCCCCAUUCUCCUUUUUUCUGAAGUUUAUAAAGGACCUGGCUAAAAUGAAGAACAAUCCUAGCUUCAAUUACGAGAAGACAGAGAAGAUGUCUGUGCAGCAGCAUCAGCGAACCAUCCGUCACAAUUCAGCCAUUCUGGAGGUUCGGACUAGAAAAACAGAAACAACCCCUGUGUCUAAACAUAGUGAAAAUGAUGAUAUAGUACGAUGUCCUUAUCAUCACACAAGACAUUCACUGAAUGAAUGUACCAAGUUCAGGUCUAAGACUAUGGAAGAAAGAAAGAAGUUUAUUAUAGCCAAUGGAAUCUGCCUAAAGUGUUGUGGGCCUGACAAACAUUAUGCUAAGAAUUGUACAACCUUGGUAAAGUGUGGCUUGUGUAGCCAGUCCUCUCAUCCUACAGCACUUCAUAUCGACAGUCCUAGUCAUCGAGAUCGCAGGGAAAAGGAAAACCAUGGAGGGGAGCAAAGUCGUGAAGCUGUCACAAUUUCUUGCACUAAAAUAUGUGGGACAGUGAAGGGGACAAGCAAGUCUUGUGCAAAAAUCCUGCCAGUGAAAAUAUACCUUAAAGACUCUGUAAAUCAGUGCAGAAUUGUUUAUGCUAUGUUGGAUGACCAAAGCAAUCAUUCCCUAGCAGCACCCUCACUCCUCGAUGCAUUCAAUGUGGAUGGACCUGAGUAUGAAUACACUUUGACGUCUUGUUCGGGUUCAGUUAUGUCAGCAGGAAGGAGGGCUCAGGGACUCGUUGUUGAAUCCAUUGAUGGCAGUUGUUCCUUUGAUCUCCCCACAUUAAUUGAAUGCUCAGAUUUACCGAACAACAGGGAGGAAAUACCAUCACCUCAUAUAGCCGAACAAUUUUCCCACCUUGCAGAUAUCAAAGACAGCAUUCCAGAGUUGAUUGAGAGUGCCGAGAUUGAACUACUGAUUGGAAGAGAUCUCGUUUCUGCUCAUGUCGUUGAGGACCAAAGACAUGUGACAGGAAAGCCUGUUCCCUACGCUCAGAAACUUCCCCUAGGCUGGGUAAUUAUCGGGCCUGUUUGUCUAGACGCCAUUCACAUGCCUGAUAAAGUGACAGUACAUAAAACAUAUGUGUUGAGCAAUGGCCGUCCUUCAGUGUUUCAGCCUUGUGAUAACAAGCUCUUGGUUAAGGAUGAUGUCUUCUUGAAAACAGAUCAUGAUGAGAAAAUUGCUCCAUCCAUAGAGGACACUACCUUUCUUGACAUUAUGGACAAAGAAUUCCAAAGGAACCCAGAUGGUUAUUGGGAGGCACCUCUUCCGUUCCGGACCCAAAGGCAGCUGUUACCAAACAAUAGACCCCAAGCCAUCAAUCGAGCACUGUCGCUUGAUCGUAGUUUGAAACGGAACCCUAUCAAGAGAGAACACGUGUCAAAGUUCAUGGACAAAAUAUUUGAGAAGGGACAUGCAGAGGAAGCACCACCUAUUCCAGAUACGAAAGAACGAUGGUACCUUCCCAUGUUCGGUGUUUAUCACCCGCAAAAAAGAGAUUCCAUACGAAUGGUGUUUGAUUCGUCUGCGAAGUUCAACAACAUUUCACUCAAUGAUGUCCUCCUGAAAGGUCCAGACAUCACGAACAAUCUUCAAGGCAUUCUAUUACGCUUUCGUCGUGAGAAGGUAGCAGUAAUAGGGGAUGUGGAACAGAUGUUUCACAAUUUUAAGGUGAAAUUAGAUCACAGAGAUUACUUGCGCUUUUUAUGGCAUCCAGAAAACAAUUUAGACCUGCCAUUAAAGGAGUACCGAAUGACCGUCCAUGUCUUUGGGAAUCGCCCAUCCCCGGCAGUCUCAACAUAUGGACUACGUCGUUGUGUUGCUUACUCUGACCCUGAUGUGAUUGACUUCAUAUCGAAAGACUUUUACGUAGAUGAUGGACUCUUAAGUUGUCCAAGUGAAGAUAUGGCCAUUGACCUGAUGAAGAGAACUCAGCUUGCCCUGAAAGAAGGGGGACAACAAAAACUUCACAAAAUCUCCUCAAAUUCUAAGUCAGUGUUGUUGAAGUUUCCAGCGGAUGAUCUAGCCAAAGACCUGAAGGAUUUAGAUAUUGGUGGAGAUGAUUUACCUGUCCAGAGAAGUCUCGGCAUGUCAUGGGACAUCAAUGCUGACGUCUUCACCUUCAAGAUAUCUACUGAUGGGAAGCCCUUCACUCGCAGGGGAGUUUUAUCAACCAUCAAUAGUCUGUUCGACCCCCUUGGUUUUGCAUCACCAGUGACUGUACAGGGGAAGAUGUUAUUCCGGCAGAUGUUGACAACUUCUGGCAAUGUUGAUUGGGAUAAUCCUCUCGAUGAUUCAUUUCACUCGAAAUGGUCAGCUUGGGUCAGCUCUAUCCACCAUCUCCAGGACAUCAGUAUCCCAGGGAUGUGCUGCAAGUUUUCUGUUAUCGAAGCAUUGCGCAAGGAAGUGCACAUCUUUACCGACGCUUCUAAGGAUGCGAUAGCAGCUGUAGCGUUUUUGAAGGUGUGGAAGGAUAGUGAUGACUGUGACGUUGGUUUCCUUAUGGGAAAGGCAAAAGUAGCCCCAGCACAUGGGCACACCAUUCCUCGUCUGGAAUUGUGUGCGGCCGUACUUGGGACAGAAAUCGCAGAGAUAAUUAAAGAACAGAUGGAUCUAGAGAAGAAUGAUUUCUGUUUCUACAGUGACAGCCAGAUCGCUCUUGGCUACAUCACUAAUGAUGCAAGACGUUUUUAUGUGUAUGUCGCAAAUAGGGUUAGUAGGAUUCGAUCCUUUAGUGAUCCUGAACAAUGGCGACACAUAGCUACAGACCAAAACCCAGCCGACUUGGGCACUCGAGUGUUCGAUGCCCAAAGUCUCCCACAAAGUACGUGGCUGCGAGGACCAGCAUUCCUAAGGGAAGAAAACCUCUCCACUACUUUAGUGGGAGAGGACCAGAAUUUUGCUUUCAUCUUGGACGAUGACAAGGAAGUGAGACCAAUGGUUGAAGUCAACAAGACGAGUGUCAAGGGUGACUCUUGUGACUUGGUGGUAUCUCGCCUUGAAAGGUACUCACAGUGGACAAAACUGGUUCACAGUAUUGCCAUAUUGAGACAUAUCUUGGUGACAAAGAAUCCAUGUGAGUAUUCGACCAGACGAUGGCAUUACUGUCCCAAAUCUUUGGAUUUAAACUCUCUAAAAGCAGCCGAGAUGUUUAUCCUGAAAGAGAUACAAAGGUCUGAGUUCAGAGUAGAGAUAGAAAGUCUCAACAAGGGAAAGCCCAUUCCUAAGAAUAGCAGCAUUAUUGCUUUGGCACCAUUCUUAGAUUCGAACGGUUUAUUGCGUGUUGGUGGUAGGAUUGGCAUAGCUCAGAAGUUUGUCAGCUUUGAUGUGCAUCCUAUAAUCAUACCAAAGAAAUCCCAUGUGGCAACUCUGUUGAUAAGACACUUCCAUGACAGUGUGUUCCAUCAAGGACGUCGGAUAACAGAAGGCAAGAUACGGUCAUCAGGAUUCUGGAUAAUAGGAGCCAAGCAUCUCAUAGCAUCAGAGAUCCAUCGGUGUAUUACAUGUCGCAGGUUACGAGGAUCAUUCUGCAAUCAAAAGAUGGCUAACCUUCCAGUAGAUCGAUUGACUCCAGGACCCCCAUUCACAUUCGUCGGAGUCGACACAUUUGGACCUUGGGAUGUCACAGCUCGACGUACGCAAGGAGGAGUAGCCACAAGUAAGAGGUGGGUAGUUCUGUUCACUUGUUUGGUCUCCAGGGGAAUCCACAUCGAGCUUGUAGAGGAAUUGAGUACUUUUUCCUUUAUUAACGCAUUAAGGCGUUUCCUUUCCGUACGAGGACCUGUCCGUCAAUUCCGCUCAGACAGAGGGACCAACUUUGUUGGCGCUGUAAAUGAAUUACAGAUGGUGCACCAAUUCGUUGAGAAGCCUACAGUGCAGAAAUUCCUUCAAGACAAGGAUUGUUACUGGCUCUUUAACCCUCCAUAUGCUUCCCACUUUGGUGGAGUGUGGGAGCGUAUGAUCGGCGUAACUCGCAGAAUUUUAGAUGGCAUCCUUCUCCGAGAUGGAAUGAAAGGUUUAACCCAUGAAACUUUGUCUACAUUUCUUUCAGAAGUUUGCGCCAUAGUGAACUCACGACCACUCACCGAAAUAUCAGAGGAUGCCAGCGACCCAUCUGUCCUUACACCUGCAAUGAUACUCACUCAAAAGACAGGACACUUACCGGAAUCAUUACCCACAAUAGAUCCCAAAGAGUUAUAUAAGUCUCAGUGGCGCUACGUACAAGCUCUUGCAGCUGAAUUUUGGCAUAAAUGGGAAAGAGAGUAUCUGUCCGUUCUUCAGACUCGACGCAAGUGGACUUCUGAUGAGCGUAGUUUGAAAGAAGGAGAUGUUGUCAUGUUGAAGGAGGCUGAAAAUCCAUGGCAAGGAAUCAGUGGCCGUUGGCUCUUGUGA